UUGUGCCCGUCGAAAUCAGUGAUGGCCGCGAGGCUCGCGAAGCACAUUACAUCGUGAUUGCGUUGGGUUUGUUUAUCGCAAUAUUCUUGUGCUAAGAAUAUUUUUACGGCUUUAAUUCGAAGCAGACCGAAUUUCUUCCCGGUUUUAUGUAACAAGUUCGAUCGAAUGAAUCGUAUUUGUCAUAACGAUCUAUAAAGACGCGGUUGAUCUUCUUGACAGUUCGGUCCUGUGUUCAGAGUAGCAGUAGCCACUCGAGUGCCACGAGAAGUGUUGUUGCAUCGCCACUUGGCUGACUUUUUCAGAACGGUAGCCGUACUAAUGACGUCGUGUACGUGAUCGAACGAUACGAAAAAAGUUUCUGUCGACACGGUGACGGUCACCCCACACCCGUCGGCACUUUUUUUUUCCUCUCACCCUUGCUGAAGACACGCGCAUCGAAGGUGUCCAAGAUAAAAUGGCAGAUGAUGGCGCAGGAGGAUCAGGAAACGGUAGCUCAGGAGAGGCAAGCCGGUUGCAGCUCCUGCAAGAGAUGCGGCAACAAAAUUUCGACAGCAUCCGGUUCGCAUCCUAUCGCACAGCUUGUAAGCUGAGAUUCAUUCAAAAGAAAGUUCAUCUACACAACGUCGACAUAUGGAAUGUAAUCGAGGCGUUUCGAGAAAACGGUUUGAACACACUGGAACCAUCGAGCACCUUGGGAGUGUCGAGGCUCGAAACUUUAUUGUCUUCCUUAUUUCACGCUCUUAAUAAACGAGUGCCUGUUUCUCAACAAGCCAAAGUCGAUGCUACGACUGCCCUGUUGAUGAACUGGCUACUUGCCGCCUACACUACAGGGGAAAACAAUAAAAUAUCUGUGUUCUCGGUGAAAGUAGCAUUGGCUACGUUGUGCGCAGGAAAGCUGAUGGAUAAGUUUCGAUAUAUAUAUUCGCAAAUAUCCGAUAGCAACGGUCACAUGAUACACUGGAGAUUCGCCGAAUAUUUGAAAGAAGUUCUAGCGUUAACAGCUGCUGUUUACGAGUCACCGUCCUUUGGAUACUCCGAGGGUCUCGCCAAUUCAAUAUUUCCUCAAAACUCGAAAGUCACGGUUAACGAUUUUUUGGAUACGCUUAUGUCUGAUCCAGGACCGCACUGUUUAAUAUGGCUUCCACUGUACCAUAGGAUGGCUGCUGUUGAAACAGUGGCCCAUCCUGUUAUGUGUGACGCGUGUCACAAAGAGAACUUUACUGGCUUCCGAUAUAGAUGUCAGAAAUGUCACUCGUAUCAGCUUUGUCAGGACUGCUUUUGGCGUGGUAAAGUUUCUGGGACACACAAUAACGACCACGAGACGAGGGAGUACAGUAGUUUCAAAUCACCUAGCAAACAAAUUGGGCAUUCCCUGAGGAAGAGCUUCAGAUGUGUACCUGAAAAAGGAAAGAACAGCUUACCGCGAUUUCCGGAGCAACCAGAGAAGACAUUAAAUUUAUCACACAUAGUCCCACCAUCACCUUUACCGUCUCACAACGGUUUUCCAGAUCCAGGUUUUAUGGCUCCUUUCGAUUCUGGAUCGAUGGAUAGCCGUUCUACCUUAAGGAGUAUGGAUAGUUCAAGACUGGAUGAUGAACAUAAAUUAAUAGCACGAUACGCACAAAGGUUGGCUCAGGAAGCUAGGACUAUGCCUCGUGCCGCAUCCAGAAUGUCGCAAGCUGAUCAAGCAGGUAGGGCUCCGUCUGAUGCAAAUUUGACAUCGCUAGAUGCCUCGAGAGCACAACGAGAACUUAUAUCGCAGUUAGAAGCAAAGAACAAGGAAAUAAUGCGCGAGAUUGCAAGGUUAAGGAGACAGCAAGAGAUAGAAGCAGCUGGUUUAGAAAAUCCUGCAUUAAUGUCUGAGCUGAGAGCCUUAAGACAGAGAAAAGACGAAUUAGAAACUCACUUGGCAACGUUACAAGAUUCCAGAAGACAAUUAAUGGUGCAGUUAGAAGGUUUAAUGAAAAUGUUAAAGAACCAUCAAGCAUCGCCAAGAUCAACACCAAAUAGUUCACCGCGAAGUACAAAGUCCCCACCUUUACCACCUGGUGCUGUUCCAAGCAGUAGAUCAGCACCUCCAACUCCAGGAGGUCCGCUUUCUACGACACCUCAACAGCAACAACAGCAAUCGCAAAGCCAACAACAAAUGUCUCAAAGCUAUCAGAGUUCUGUUCCGACGACUUCAGUGGCGAGUGUAACCAAUAAUACCAUGCUGGGAACAAUACAAAAUCCUAUUCCAGAUAACUUGUCGUGUGUUGGAGGUGAUGUAAGGUCUGCGUUCAGGACAAACAGCUUGCCAGGAAGUGGUUCCAGCAGUGCGAAUAAUAGCUUGGGUCGAUCCUUAAGAAAUGACUUAUUGGUAGCUGCUGACAGUGUUACUAAUGCCAUGUCAACACUCGUGAGGGAAUUAAAUUCGGACUCAGACCAGGAGGAUCAUUCUCACAACUCUGGCCGAAUUAACAUCAGAAAACCGUUAGAAAGCAAAAUAACAAACACUAAAUUCUCAGAUUUCGAGGCUGGUGAGGAUGGAGAUGAUAGUAGCGGCGGUGGAAAUUCUUGGCGAGAAGAACUUCAGCGUCGCUAUCAGCAAGAAAAUGAUUUUCUGGCUGAAUUGCGUGCACGCAAUGUUAAUAUGUCGCAAACACCAUCCGCUACCCCAUCCAGUGAACAAGAACAAGAAAGAGGAGAAAGGGAAGAAGCGGACGGAGAAAAGGAAGAUGAAAAUGAAUCUAACUGGACAGAACCAGUGAAAAGAUGGGUCAAUCGAUAAGUUUGUUAGAUGACAUCUAUACAUAUUUAUUCUAAUGGCUUAGGAACUGCUGCUAAAUGAAAUGCAAAUAAGUUAUUAUAGCUCCACUGGUUAUUUAUGAUGGGAAUAUAUCUGGGUGUUAGUGUGAAAUAUAAUCAGUACGACAUUA